UGUGGUGACACCGAUGGUACUCGUCCGGCUAUAGGCAGGCGUCUAGGGCAAGGGUUAACACAUAAAGGGCGCAUUGCCCCAGGGACAAGAUCAUUGGUGCUUUGAAAUUUAAUUGACACUGACACGAAAGCAAGCAGUGAGUGGUUCAGGACGUACGUUGGCGGUUCGGCGGUGGCAGCGGCGGUAAUAUCUUAGUGUUGUUGAGAGUGGGACUGGACGAAGGACUUUGUGCGUUGUGGCGUGGUUGUGGAUGGACAGAUCGUAAAGAAGGGUGAUUCGCCACACCUGUCCAUGUGACUGUGAGUGUGAGCCAAGUUCCGGUCAUUAUUUGCUCGGACUCACCACCGCGGAACUCACGGGGGCUUAACAUCGUGCGGCUCACCGUAUAGAAAAACACCGGGAAACCUAAGAAUCCCAGGAAUGGCACCUGCCGUAUGUGGCUACGUGCCGUUGAGCUUUUAAGCCUACUUCGCCGGAACCUCAGGUGUACACGGGCAGACAGUUGCUCUCUGCCGAAAAAAAAAACAAGCAGUGGUCUCGUUAUUUGCUCCACGAAGGAAACCACGGCGUGGAGGGGGAUGUAAUGAGUGGGACGACGCAGAGACGUGAGCUUCGUCAGGGGGAAAACACCGUCUGUCCUUCGGGUCACCCGCACCGUUCCUUCGCUCCCCCACAAACAUAAGAGCGUCCCAGCCGCACACCUGUCUGCUCGGGUCACGCUAAACCCUCAGCUCUCCUCAUCGUUUCCUAAUAACACCCUUGCCAUAUCAUCGUCAUCAUUGGAUUUCAGCCUUCUCAGGCACCCCUGUGUGUCACAGACAGAGUUUCCCGCCUUCCCUCUCAAAAAACCGUGACACAAACUGGACGCAUACACUGACAUGAAACAAUUACAGAGUUUAUGGAGCACCGGCUUGCCGCAUGUUGCAUCCAUGGCACAGGAUGGAAAUGGCGUGAUAUCGCGGCAGCCCCGGUCUGGAUUGACCAGGUCUUUGCGGCAGUCUAGUGGGCAGCAACAGAUCCGGACCCUCGACCUCCCGGCCCUGCAAAGCGCCCCUCUGGAGCGGCAGGCCCGUAGGAACGAGUACGUGGACGCUCCGGGCAUCGAGACGCUCUACAACAAACGGAAUAACAACGAGAGCCCCACUGUCGUCUUGUCAGGGGGGCAUCACCACCGUGCCCACCGGUCAACCUGCAUUGUCAUCUCGGACCGUGGCAAGACCAAAGUCUUGAAACUCGCCAAACGGGAAGUCAUUAGGACUAGCGAAGAGGGCAGUGACGCCAGUGCCCAGGGUGGGACCCCAGUUUACGACAGCAAGAAACCUCUCUAUUGCCCGUUUUGUGGGAGAUGCUACUGCGACAAGUGCCGAGCCAGAACAGAGUUGCCCCACGCCUGGCUCUGCGGAGACAGGUACGAGUGCUCGGCUGAGAACACCUUGGAGUAUUGCACUUGCCUGUGUUGCGUCAAGGGAUUAUUUUACCACUUAGCGGACAGCAACCACGAUGACUAUUCGUGGAGUGACAAGCCGUGCUCUUGCGGGGACAAAAAAUGCCGUCUGAGAUGGUCGCUUAUGGGAAUGAUUCCGCUGGUAUUGCCCUGUCUCCGGUGCUACUUGCCUGGGCGAGGGUGCAUAUCGGCCCGCAAACUCUGCUUUGCCAGGGACGGUUGCAAGUGCGAGGAUCAGGAUUACAGUUUUGUGUAGCAUUGCCGCAGUCCUCAUCCUCGUGGUCUUGUGCAGGUUCGGUAGUUCCCAGCCUGCCGGCCAACAUGAAGUACAUUCGACAACGGUUGGGGCCAGCGGGACGCCCCGUUCCGGGCUGGCGGGCCGCGGUUACUGCGCGCCCCGCGGAGUCAAUGACAUGCCUCGCCACGUGGCCACCACGGCAGAGUUUCCGUAACUCAAGGAUAUUAUAUCAGUGCGGUGGCUACGGAGCCAACUCUCAAGUUGCAGGGCCAGCAGCCGGCCAGCAGCCAGCGUCGUCGCUGGUGACGUUGCCACGCAACAUGAGAACGCUGGAGUCGGCAUCACCAACGCUGAGACAUCUACCGGAAAGCCAGGGAUUUAGUGCAUCCACAGUGCAAGGAAUUCUGGUUACCAGAGGCAGACAUCUCGUGUGGAUCAGACCCAAUCGGUAGCACAAACCAUGGGGGAGGGAGAGUCCACAGCGUCUCUCACACCCCAGGGUAGAGAAAUUGUACGCAGUCACAGUGAUAGCAGAGGGGAUAAAACCCACUCACAUGUGUAAAUGUACCGUCCCACGGUAGGGGACCUGCGUAAAAUUGAAUUAUUUUUAUUAUUCAUGGGAAAAAUGGUGCAAUGAACACUACACCUAGAUAGUGUGCUAAAUAUAUUGUGUAUAAAAAUGUACGGUUGUAGUAAUUGAAGGCGUCUUGUGACCCAAAGACAAACCGAUUAUAAAGGCCUGAACGGGAUCCAAUUCCAAUUUAGAAUUCAGCUGAAACGCAGGUGGACUAGUAGUACACCGGGCCCAAAACAACCUUAACUUAGAAAUCAAGUACACACACACAAACAGAUUGACCUUGCCGUUUUCCCGCGCUUUCCAGCUUUCCCGAGUUGGGAAACACAAACCGGCCCAGCAAUCACUGAGUUGGUCAGAUGUUUGUUUAACGUCUCGUUCCGAUAUCUCGUAUUUCAUCUUUUCCAAGGAAAAUGUUUUCAACCCGACAUGUUGAGCUGGAAAGCUGCAAGGGUCCCACUGGUAUUUAAGUCUAUAUACGUAAUAAUGUACUGUGUAUAUUUAUAUAUGUAUAUACAUGUAUAUUAUAUAUGUGUACAUACGUACAUACAUACAUAUAUAUUAUAUAUAAACAUUACUCUGGAUGUCAAAGGUCAUUGUGGUCGGUUUGUUUGGUCUACAGCGGAGCAUUUUCCUUCGUGUUUUCACAACACGUCUAUCAAAUCUACUCUGUAAGCAUCAAGUUUUGUUGUAUUAGCCAUCAUUUUGGAUUGUUUGUGAAACUGAAAACUGGUUGUAUAAAAUCAUGUUGUGGUAUAAUAACGUUAACUCGCGGACAGUAUUCAGGUUAGAUUUGUCGGGGGAAUCUAAGUAGCGGCAAAGAUGCGAAGCCUUUACGAAACUCGUUCGUGUUUUAGGACCGCGCUAUCGGAUCACCCAUUCUGUCCCCCCCCCCGAAAAAGCAGGCGGCCAACCUCCCUGUCCACAACUACUACACACGGUUUCCGGCAGCUUUUCACACGAGGACAAUAUAAAAGCUCUCAAUGGAGCUGUAAAAACCUUAUCGAGUGCCAGUCAAUACUACUCUAUUGAAUAAUUCCUAAACGGGGGUUCACCCGCGGUGGUGUGUCGAAAAGAGGUCCUCUAGCCUCCGGGCAACUUAAGCUCGCACUCGGCCAUAAGUAGGAGUCAUUAGUGGCCAGAACCUGUGAAACUUUUCAAGGGUUAUUUCCUCUCGUUUCCCCCCCCCCCGUAUCUUUCUUCCAAACUUGCGGAGCGUCGUACGAUGUGAUGAUCCUGUUCGAGCACUUGUCACUUUGCACGAGCCAAAUAAAAAAAAAGGAAAAGAAAAAAAUGGGGGAAGAGAAUCACCAGAAAAAGUUCAAUAAGUUAACAGCCUCCCCAAAACCAUGCAUGCGUGAACAAUUUCCACAGCAUUAUCAUAACUAUAGGGGUGUUUGGUGCUGGUAGCCGAGCUUUGCAAGUACAGCUUUGUCAGUCUGGCCGGCUGUGUAAUUCAGCGUGCUCCGCCGACCGUCAGAAUUGACUGAGCGCAGCCCUACCGAAAGAGGGAGAGAACAAUUCCCCCCCCCCAAACGGGUACGGCUGCAAUUAUUGUGCCGUUCAGAACGAGCGUGAAGUCGGGUGGAAAACUCCAGCGACGCGCAAGUAUUUUGUUGCGGGAGAUUUUUCACACGUCCCUUCCAUGCUGAUGCUGAUGGAAAAUUCCUUUCAGCCAAAAAUAUGUAGUUAGCCAAAGAUUUACAACGCAUUUUCUUCAUGUCAAGGAUUUCCCCCCGCUUAUUACCUUUUCUGUUGCCGUAAAACUUGGGUAAAGCAAGUGUUUGCCACAUCACCGUCUGCUUUUUUCUUAACCGGCCCCGAAUAAUUUCAAAUCUGCCACCAGCAAUCUUCCAGGACGUACUUCUGUGGCACAAGCAGACUGACCCUUUCCCCUUUUCCUCGAAAGUCACCAAUAAAUCAUGGGAGAUAAACACUCUCGAUUGCACUCUUUUUUUCGUAUUAAUGAAGGAUCCAUAGAGAGACACGAUCUUUGCUGCAUAUUGCCGUUCACUUGCGGUGUUUGUGCAUGAGGCCGGAAACAUGGCGCUGUGAGCACACAUUGCGCAUGGUCACGGGGGUCAACCCUACAUGACGACCCGCCAUGAUUGUCACGGCGGGAUGUCCCCUUAGAAACUUGUUUGGUUCCCUCCAGUCUCCUGUUGUUGCAGUCACGUCAAAUUUUAAAGUUACUCUGCCCAGUUUCUUUAUCGGCGUUUUUUCCCACACUGCAGAGUAUAUAUGCGGAUUUGUUUUAACAGCAGAGAGAGAUAUUCGACUUCAACCUGGUGGUAUAUCAUUUAGCAUGCUUUCUCUGCGCAGUUCUUGGACCUUGAGGCUCGGUUUCGGAGAGAAAUAAAAAUCUAACGUGAGUGUGACUUAUUCAUUCUAAAGACAUGUAUGUCGUUGGCAUAUUCAGACAUCUGCUGAAAUUCACGCCAACCUGGGCACAGUACAAGGUUCAGACGAUACUGCCUGUAGUGUCCCAUUAUGAAUCCCAGGGUCAAAGGUUGCUUGUAUGUAAACUGUGCUGGUGUCGCACAUUUCUGCCUCCUUUUUACAAGACUUGAUUUUUUGUGCCAAAAUUUCGCUUGGAAGACAAGAAGAUAGACCCCAGUAGGGGUUCGGUUGUCGAUCGUGCCGCGGGUAAUUCUUUGUUUAUGAACUUGCGAAGAUAGAGAGAAAAGCGCUUCUGAAUUUUGAGGUUCGUCAGAAGUCUCCUUGGCCCGAUUUUGAGUGACUACAGAUUGCCCUGUGCCCGAUCUUGAGUUGAUUAGAGGAGUGAUUAUGGCCCUAGAACUGGGUCUACCCGCGUGAACGGGCCCCGAGCAUGGUUCACACUGCCAGGUAUAUCAAUCAAAAAUCUCUGGCAAUUCCUCCGAGAACGAAUCCGGUGCAAAGUCCCAAGGUCAACACAUAGGGAGCGAGAGAAGAGUGUAGAGGGGAAAAAUAUGGUCGACUUGUAGAAUACACAGGAAGUCCGUUGUACAUAUACAUGUACACUUAAGAGAGAAAAAAAGAAAACGGGCGCGUAAAAACUAACGUUGUUUGCGGACCAGGUUGUUUGCUCGCUGACCUAUAUCCACAGUGCCAAAAGUGGGAAAUAAAUACCCAGUGUUUAUUCAGGGAACACUCACACACACAAUGAUGGCAGUUGGAUGUGGGGCUUAAUUGAAGCAAGUUUGGUAGGGUGGGUGCCGGUACAUAAUACUCAUCUACCUGAACCCUCAGUCACUUUUCUCCAUCAUUUUCAUCGUUCUGUUUGCAGAUACGAUUUCUGUUUCCUGUUUAGCUGGUUGGUUACCUCAUUAAUCACGCACGUAUUUAUUUUGGAAACCAAUCCAUCCGUGAUUUGAAAACUCGUUGAGUUAAACUGGCUCUUGUCUAAUCUGGCUGCGUAACUGCCAAACAUCCAACUGUGAAACUUUUCCCUUUUUUGUUAAAUUUGAUAAGAAUUUGGUUUUUCUUUAGGCAUUUAGUAGCAAUACCUAAAAAUGAGCAACUCACUGCAGGUACUUACAGGUGGAACGUUUGACUGCAAUGUAAUUGUUGCAGGGAAUGUCCGUAUUCCUUUCUUGAUUCCGACUUUUUUCUUGUCACGAUCAAACGAGUCUGGUCAUUACAUUUUAUCGAGGCAUGGCAUUUUUUUGUGGGCCCGAAUCCUUCCAACCUUUUUUUUAAACUUUGCAAACAUAACCUAACUGCCUCAUUUCCUCUACUUAAACAUAAAGCAGUAAUGUCUCGUAAUACUUUUACAAAAUUGUUAAUUUUCUUUCUGUUACGAUUAUGAUCGCCGUUUCUCUGUAUUGUAUUCAUACUGCAAGUUUUCCGACGUUCCUGGAUAAUUUUCGUUGCAGUCAGCUACAUGUAUUCAUUUUUUUAAAGAAAUGUAAUGUAUCAUACCGGUGCUGUAGCACCGACCAAAUUAUAUGAUAAUGAGAACAAAGGGGAAAAAUAAAUCUGUAUAAAACAGUAACAUUUUUAAUUUGUGGAAGACUGGAUCCACUUCGCGGAUGUUAACACUUUCCUGUAUCGCAAGACAGAGAGUUAACACCGUGGACUAACAGGUGACGCUGUUAUUUUUUCGGCGGAAUAUGUUUUAACUUUCGAACAUGUUAUCGUUAUGAUGCUUAACUGCAUUCUGCCAGUUUCCUUUUCUGUUUGUAUAAAAGGUUCCGAAAUGUUACAUAUUGUUGUACUCAUUAGAAGAAUAAUAACUUGUGGACUGAUCACACAUUGUGGCGGGUAGACAGAGUCUGAGAUGUCCACCCCAGUACGGAAGCUGGUGAAAUGUUCCAUUUUUCGGUUGCAGAAAGGACUGAUGGUCAAACAUGGGUCUCCAAACAGUGGCAUUGUAUCCCCUUAUGAUAAACAAAAAGAAUACAAGAUGGUUCGUUUCUGUCUGUGCAACACAUACUCUGAAAGACAGAACAUCGUAGGUAGAAAUAAUUAGUUGAUUUUUGAGAAGCAAUUGGUUUGUAAACGGGAAAACGAGUUUGCACCCAUCUGUGGAUGUAUUUGAGCGCUGUUUGAUGCUGUCCAACGAUACGGAUUUCCUGGCCCUGAUCUUGAGGAACUGGCUAGAAUAGAAUGUUACCACAGACUGCAAGAGAUCGCUCACCAAAAUGUCCACGAGAAGCCCAACAAUCUGACACAUUAUGGGUUCAACCUCAACGUCUAGUUUCAACCAGUUGUUUCUGACCUUGGUUUCUUAUUUUUUAGUAAAAUAUCGGAAGACGACAAAGGAAGGUUGUGGCGCGUGAAAGGGAGACAAGUGGUGAACAUCUCGCACUUUCUGCACGAUGUUGUGUCACGUGUCAAAGGUCAUUGUGCAUGCGGGUUAUCGUGUUCGUAAUGAAGCUUGUGCGUGCUCACUGUAAAUCUGAACGUAUAACAUGCCUGUGAUUCGAAAAUCACAGUAGUGAGGAAGCACAGUUGCAGAUCCCUAACAAAUUUUUGACUUCUUUUAAAAAAGGAUUGACUUGUGUUUUGCUUCUGAAGAAAGGAACUAUUUAUCUGUAUUUCGUACAUGAGAAAAUAUUUGGAGUUCUAUUUUAUUAUAUUAUUUAUUUUUCAGGAGGGUGUUAAAGAAAAAAAUACAAGGAAAGCAAGAAUGCUACGAAA